ACGUUCUUUAUUUUGUUUUUAUGCGCUUCCACUAUUUUCUGCAUCUCGGAAUAAACUUUAGAAAAUAUUGAUUCUUGUUUUGUGUUUUGUUAUUUAAAAAGGCUGGUUCACAAUUAAAUCAAUAAAAUGACUCGACAUGCACGCAAUUGCACGGCCGGAGCUGUAUACACCUACAAUGAAAAGCGUCGCGAUGCCGCCGAAUCAGGCUAUGGAACCAAAGCCCAACGUCUUGGAAAGGAUUCAGUAAAAUCGUUCGAUUGUUGUUCUCUGACUUUGCAACCAUGUCGUAAUCCGGUGGUAACAAAGGACGGCUACCUUUUCGAUAAGGAAGCCAUUUUGCAAUAUGUUAUCACCAAGAAAAAUGAAUACAGCCGGAAACUGAAGGAGUAUGAACGUCUUCGGCGCUUAGAAGAAACUGAAAAUGCACAAGAAUUGAACCUCAAGCAACAGAAAUGUAUUGAAAAGUUUGUAAAUGCCGGAAAACCAGUCAAUGAGAAUGCAAGUGGCUCCAAAUCGGCUCCUGUUGAGGCUGUCACUCCCAGCACAUCAGCGGCCGCCAUAGCCGCUGCUGGUGGAUCUAUCUCCAAUAUGACUAAUGGGAAUGAAAAAAAGUUGCCCAGUUUUUGGGUACCUUCAGAAUGUCCAAAUGCUGGCGCUGCGAAAGCAAAAAAACCUGAGUCCACGAUUUAUUGCCCUGUAUCCGGGAAGCCUCUAAAAGUGAAAGAUUUGAUUGAUAUAAAAUUUACAUUACUCAAAGACGGUGAUAACAGCCGUUCACUAAUAGCGAAGGAGGCACGUUAUAUGUGUCCUGUAACGCACGAUGUGCUCAGCAAUGCUGUGCCAUGUGCGGUGUUACGGCCAACCGGCGAUGUAGUAACUAUGGAGUGUGUAGAGAAAUUAAUUAAAAAAGAUAUGAUACACCCUUUGACAAAUCAAAAACUCACUGAAAAGGAUAUUAUACCAUUGCAGAGGGGCGGCACCGGUUACGCUACGACCAAUGACAAUUUAGAUGCAAAGGAAAAGCGUCCAAUGCUGCAGGUCUAAAGCGGUUUUAUACAUACUAUAUUUUUAGCGUAUAAUUAAUUUAUCUUUGCAGUUUUAUUGUACAUUAGUUUAAAUAUAAUCUUGUUCAAUAAAAGCAUACCUAUGCAAAAAGUUUGCAAAGGCAAAAACGUC